CUGAGAACCCCGGGCCGCCAAAGCGAAACGUGCGCACUUAACUGCUGCGCCACUGGGCCGGCCCCCUCCAUGGAGUUUAAAUAAGGCUUCAAAUGCCUACAGGGGCCAAGCAAGUCACUGUGAAAAAAGAAAGGUGGCCGGUAGGUACUGAAGCAACCUGGCGAGCCAAUGCCCCAUCUACGGGAAGCAGCUUACUCAGCUCCAGCUCAUUGUUGCCAUGUCAGAACAAGGAUCCAAGUCUUUCUGUUUUUCCCAGAGAGUCCAGAAAUCCAGCUUUUUAUGUGAAAUCUCCUGACUUUUUAAUGUUGGCAACUAAUUUUUAAAAUGUUAAAAACAUUGUAUGGGUCAAAUAAAAUCCGUCUGCAGUCUGGAUCCAGCCUGUGGCUGCCAGUUUGCAAGCUCUGCAGAGGAAAUAGAUGCAAAAGUGCUUUGAAAACCUCAAAACGUGUUCUAGAAACAGGCGGUCUCAUUUGAGGGUUAAGGUUUUUUUUUUUUCCUUGACUGUGGUCUCGUUUUUUGAAAACUGGUGUUCCUGGCCUGAUGGAGAUGAAAAGUCGGAAUUAAAUAGAGACUUCAGUGAACUUGAACACUUCAUUCCUUUGGCAGGCUGGAUAAAUGAGAAGCCUAGGUGUACUGGAUGGGCUAAGCCUCAGAAUUCCUGCCACACCCACGGGCCCCUUCUAAGCAGUUUCCAUCACAGACCCUAGCUGAGGGAAGUAGCAGUUUCUUAUGAAUAGGUGGCUAUGUUUGGUACCACGUGACCCUGUUUCUCCCUGGCAAUAGCCAAUUGAGCCAGGAGAGGGCAUCUGGUCCAAGAGUAGUCAGUCUAUAGGCUGGCAAGCAGCCUAUGAGGGAACCCGGGAUGAGAACUCUGCCCAAAAAGCACAGUGGUGACUAAAUUUGGACCAAUGAGAGUCUCUCGCUUGGGAAGUUUGAAUCCCAGCCCUAGAAAGAGUGAGCAUGUGGCGACAGGGGCAGAAGCUGAACACUGAGAAGGCAGGCAGCAGGGCCCACGAUUAAGCAGGACCAGGAGAGGUUACCAAGCUUCAACUAGGUGCCAGACACUUUACCCAUGUUUUCUGUUUAAAAUAUUCCAAGUGCUUGUGAGGUAGGUACUGUUAUUAUCCCUCUUUCACAGACGAGGAAACUGAGGUGAAGUAACUCGAAGUGCUGGGGCUGGAACCCGGACUUGUUUGAUGUUAAAAUCAGGGCGUACAAAUCCCUGAGCCAGUGGUUCUUGAAUUCUGGGGUGUUUCAGAAUCACUUGGGUCAGAACGCAGAUAUCUCGGCCUCCCUCCAGACCUAUUGAAUCUGACACUGUGAAAGUGGAGCCCCCUCCCCAAAUCUGCACCUGCAUUUUAACAGUCCUCCCAGGGGGCGCCUGAUGGAGAGGUUCCCCACUACACUUAGAGAAAUGCAGUUUGAGAGAGUAUGGCAUGGACUGUAUCACUGCAUUGCCUUCACCUUCAGAAACAAGGUCAACGUCAACAGAGGUGGUCAAACGCCAAUUUGAACUCUUUUGGAAAUGGGGCCAAUUCUACAAAUAAGAGGACUUCAGCUUGUCCUCUUUUCUGAUCCAGGAAGUCUAUACACUGACACCAGUUAUCUGAGGGGAGAUGACGGGAUUGAGACGCAUGCUCAGCAGUUUAUAUAGAAGACCUUAUCUGCUCUUCAGGGUGCAGAGCUCAGAGCUAGCAUAUGUUCAGUAAGUAUUUUCCACGAGGAGCACAAAUUGCAGGAACUUAGUGCAUUGGCAGCAAAGAACAGGAGAGAAAAUUACCAAAUGCAGAGAGAUAGACUGUAAACCACAGGAUUUUAAAAUGUAAACCGACUUCCUAGGCUCAUCAUAGAGGUUUGUCUCCGCCCCAGAAUAGUUGUGUAAGAAUUCCAUCCGUGCUCUUAUUUAUACCGUUCAUAAAAAUAUUAUUACAGGACAGGAUCAAGGCUGGCAACCUCCGUCUAGGUCAUUAUAGAACCCCACUCUGGCAAUGGGGUUGAGCCAGUUUUGAAUUCAUCUGCCUUUAGGAGCUCUCCCUGGGGAGACAAGUAAUAGUCUGAAGGUUGCUUGGAGAACUUCAAGUCAGAAACAGGUUUUUGGUACAAAUGCUUAAUGGCAUCAGGCACAUAUUCCUACAAGAGGGCCAUGUAGUCCAAGGGGUGGCACGGGCCAAAUGCAUUGGCCAAGUCCCGCCUCAGCAGGGCUUGAAUUCGCACUUGGCAAGUUUGAUUUCUCUCACGCUCCUUUCCUGUGGACACUUUUUUUUAUCCAUGUUAAUGUCCUCACUUAGGUUAAAGUCAAACUCUGUUCUUCCCUUUUCUGGCCAGAAAGACUUCCUGUCUUACAGGUAUCUGAUCGUGUCUGUAUUGAUAUUUUAACUCUAAGUGAUUCUCUAAAGCGGGUCCUUGGACAAGUGCCCAUCCUCCAGGAAAAUUGGAGCAGUCCACAGCACAAUGAGAAAGCCGGUGGACUAUGUAGUCAAUGUUUUGGAAAGCGAAAUCUAUUUCAUUUAAAGGACUGUCCUUUACUCUGAGAUUGUUUCCUUCUCUUUUGGUGUUUAAAGAAAGCCCUUUCUUUUUAUGAAAUGAUAAUUUGGGGUGGUUUUGUCUGGUUUCUUAAUGCUUUUACUUGGAAAAAUAAAAAUCUGGUAACCACAAUGUCAGUCCCCUGUUUUUCCCUUUGCGAUAGCUGCCAGUCAGAGAACAUGGUCUAAUUUGUACAGUUCUGCUAGUAGCUCUAGGUACCUCGUAUCACCAAUUACGUCCUAAGUGCUUAUAAAUUACCUGCUUCAUAAUCCACGGCAGAAUCUCUCUGAGGAUUGACAUCAAGCUUCCAGCUCUGGAGUUUACAGUAUACUGGUCUGUAGUUUCCUUCUUUUAGAAAAUUGGGACGCUGCCCAUUUGCAGUCCUUCGGUAUCCCUCCUGUUCUCUCCGAUUCCACAGAUCCUCCAGGACGGCACCUAAUGCAAGGCAGUUCCGUUUGCACUUCUUGUGAUGUUCUUUUCCCUAUAGAGUUGGACAUGCAUAUACAUGUUGUUUGGGGAAUUUGCAGCACAUCCAAUGAAAGCGUAAUUCCCAACUAACAGUCAAAUCCUUCUCUUUGGAGCUACCCAGAACACACCUACCCUCUCUUCCAUAUGACAGCCCUUCAGAGACUUGAAGACAGUGUGUGACUCUCCCGUGAGUUAAGAGCACCAGCUGAGUCAGACAGACCCGAGUGACAAGCUCAGCUUCACUCCCUCUCAGCUGGGAGAGCCAAGAUUUUUCUUGCCACUUGGGCUUCAGCAGGACCCCUGAGAUCAUCCUCUCCACACUAUCCUCUGGCCAUGGCAGAUACAUCAAUACCCUUACAUUCACUGCGAUUCAACACUAUGCCGAAGGAGGAAAAUGUCGUCCCCCAAAACAGGGGGACGACCAUCUCUGGACCAAUGAUAGAGUCAAGAGCAGAGGCUCAAAUUCUGCAGUCUUGUGUACAGCCUAUAGUCUCAACUUCAGCGUCAGACCCUGGAGGGAUGUCGACACAGCUGAUGACAUCCCCAGCCUUUGACACCAUGUCCACACCUCUAAUGGGAGCAUCAAACUCUGGAGCACUGUCCCCACUGCUAAUGCCAGCCUCAGACGCUGGGGCACUGUCCCCAUUGCUAAUGCCAGCUUCAGAUUCGGAAGGAUUGUCUCCAUUGCUAAUGCCGACCUCAGACUCUGGGGCAUUGUCCCCAUUGCUAAUGCCAGCCUCAGAUUCUGGAACGUUGUCCCCAUUGCUGUCCACUUCAGACUAUGGAUUAAUGUCCCCAGGACUGAUGACAAUCCCUGACUUUGGAACAGUGUCCACAGCACUAAUGGCAGGACCAGAUUCUGCAGAGAUAUCACCAUUGGCAAUGCCGGCUCCAUCCUCUGGAGCGAUGUCUUCACCUAUAAUCACUUCAUCCUCUGAAGACAUGUCCACACCGUUGAUGCUAGCCCCAGAUCUUGGAGAGAUAUCCCCACUCCUAAUGCCAGAUGUAAACCCUGGAGUGAUGUCCACACAGCCAGUGCCAGCUCCAGGCUCUGAAGCAAUGUCACCAUUGCAAAUUACCGAUGAAGACACUGAAGCAAUGUCCAAAGUGCUAAUGACUGCACUGGCCUCCGGAGAGAUAUCUUCACUGCUAAUGUCAGGCACAGACUCUGAGGCGAUAUCCUCACUAAUAAUGUCAGCCCUGGCUUCUGGAGCAACGUCAACCCAGCCAACAAACACCCAAGACUCUGGAGAAAUGUCCACCCAGCUAAUGUCAGGCCCAGACUCUAAAGUAGUGUCUUCACCGCGAGUGUCAGCUCCAGGCUCUGGAGCAAUGUCCACACUGCUCCUGUCAGUCCCAGAUGCUGGAGAAAUGUCCACAUUGCCAAAGCCAGCCCCAGAUGCUGAAGCACCGUCCCCACUGCUAAUGUCGGCCCUAACCUCUGGAGUGAUGCCCACCCAGCUGAUGCCAGCCCAUGGCUCUGGGGUGAUGCCCCCACAAUUAACACAAAAUCUAGACUCUCAAAUUACAUCUACUCCACUGAUGAGAACAGCAGCUUCUGUGACAAUGUCUACACCACCAGUGAGAGCCUCAGACCCUGGAGCAAUGUCCACACCACGAAUGAGAACCUCAGGCUCUGGAAAUAUGUCUACAUUGCUAAAGACAGUCCCAGAUUCUGGAGCAUUGUCCACUCCACUGAUGACAGUCACAACCUCUGGAGCAAUGUCCAUGGAGCAAAUGUCAACCACAGCCUCUAGAGUGAUGUCCACACAGUUAACAAUGGCCAGAACUUCUGGAGCAACAUCCACAGGCUUUACCAAAGCCACAGCCAAUGGGGCAAUGUCCACACUGCGAACAAGAGCCCCAGCUUCUGGAAUGAGGUCCACGUCGCUAAGGAGAGCCCCAGCUUCUGGAGCAAUGUCCACACAGACAAUUACAGCUCCAGCCUCUGAAACAAAAUGUAUGCUACAACUGACAGCCCCAGCCUCUGGGUCAAUGUCCACACUGCAAACAAGAGCCCCUGUCUCUGGAGCAAUGUCCAUGUCACAAAGGAGAGCCACAGCCUCAGGAGUGAUGGCUGUACCACAAAUGAAAGCCUCAGCCUCUGGAGCAAUAUCCACCCCACUGCUGACAGCCAAAGCAUCUGGAGCAAUGUCCACACCGUUAAUGAGAGACACAGCCUCGGGAAUGAUGUCCGUGCCACGAAUGAGAGCUAUGGCCUCAGGAGCAUUGUCCAAGCCACUAACGACAUCCAAAACCUCAGGAGCAACAUUCGGGCAGCAAAUGACAACCGCAGCUUCUGGAGAGAUAUCCGCAAUGCUAAUGGGAGACACAACUUCUGGAGCCAUGUCCAUGCAGCAGAUGACAGACGCUGCCUCUGCAGGGAUGUCCACACCACUAAUGAGGGCCCCAGCCUCUGGAGACAUGUCCAUACCACAAAUGACAGCCACAGCCUCUGGAACUAUGUCCACACCUCUCAUGAGAGCUCCAGGCCCUGGAACAAUGCCCACAGCAGUAAUGAGAGCCACAGUCUCUGGAAAGAUGCCCAGUCAGCCAAUGAGCACUCAAGAUUCUCCAGGUAUGUCCAGGGUGCUCAUGAGAUCUGUGACCUCUGGAGGGAUGUUCCCACUGCAGAUACAGGCCCUAGCCUCUGAAAUGAUGUCCACACCAAAAGUGAGAGCCCCAGCCUCUGGGGCAAUGUCCACACCACGAAUGAGAGCCUCAGACCCUGGAGACAUGUCCACACUACUCGCAAGAACUUCAUCCUCUGGAGAGAUGUCCCCACCACUAACGAGACCCCCAGCUUCUGGAGAGAUAGCCACACCUCUGAGAGCCCCAGCUUAUGGAGCAAUGUCUACUCCACAAAUGACAGCCACAGCCUCUGGAAUGAUGUCCAUGCCACAAAUGAGGGCUCCAAUAUCUGGAGUGAUGUCCACACCACUAAUGAGAUCCAUGGCCCCUGGAGUGAUGUCCAUGCCUCAAAUGACAGCCACAGCCUCUGGAGGGGUGUCUAUGCCACUGAUGAGAGCCCCAGCCUCUGGAGCAACGCCCACAUCACAAGUGAUGCCCACAGCUUCUGGAGAGAUGUGCACACUAUCACUGCGGGCUCCAGCCUCUGGAGUGAUGUCCCCACCACUAUUAAGGGCUCCAGUCUCUGGAGGUAUGUCCACACCACUAAGGAGAUCCUCAGCCUCUGAAGCUGAGUCCACAGAGUUAAUGAGAGCUCCAGCCUCUGGAAAGAUAGCAACUGCACAAACGACAACUAUGGCCUCUGAAGGGAUGUCCAAGACAUUAAUGAGAGCCACAGCCUCUGGAACAAUGCCCAUGCCAUUGAUGUCACCCAUGGCUUCUGGAGAGACAUCCAUGCCACUAAUGAAAAGCAUGGCCUCUGGAACAAUGUCCACACUGCAAACAAGAGUCCCGAGUUCUGGAUCUACACCCUUGCCGCAAACAAUAUAUGCAACUUCUGGAGGGAUGCCCACACCGCCAAUGAGAGCCUCAGCUUCUGGAGCAAUGUCCACACCACUUUUGAGAGCCUCAGCUUCUGGAAUGAUGUCCAUGCCACUUCUGAGAGCCGCAACCUCUGGAGGGGUGUCCAUGCCACUAAUGAGGGCCCCAGGCCCGGGGGCCAUGUCCACACCACAAAUGGCGGUCACAGCUUCUGGAAUGAUGUCCACUCUAGAAAUCAAAGCCACACACUCUGGAGAAAAAUCUGCCUCUCACGUCAACAUCAUUGCCUCGGGUUCAAAGUCCACACCACAUGUGACUGCCACAACCCCAGAAACAAUGAAUCCACCACCAAAGGAAGUCCCAUCCUUUGGCAUGCUGACCCCAGCACUCUGUUACCUCUUAGAAGAACAGGAAGCAGCCCGGGGUUCAUGCCCUGUGGAGGAGGAGGUGGAGAUUGACGAGGAGAAGCAAAUGAAGGUAUUUUUGGACGAUUCAGAGAAAAUGGCAUUUCUGGUGUCUCUUCAUCUGGGGGCAGCAGAGCAAUGGUCCAUCUUGCAGAUGGUAGUAGGAAACCCUCUCUCAGGUGAAAAUAAAUCUUUCCUGAGCAGAGCGCAGGGCUUAUAUGACUCCCUAUCUGAGAUAGACAUCCCUCAGUGCUUCCUUUGCCAUCCCAAGCAGGGCCAGAAGUCAGUCAGGGCAGUAUGGCCACUUGACUUCCUGCUGCUGAGCCCGACAUUGUCUUGGUUCUGGAAGCCAUUUCUGCGGAACCAGGUUUUCUGGGAAGGACUCUCAGAAGCUGUUACCACCAAAAUGGGCCGGAUCUUCCUGAAGGUGGCCGGCAGCCUAAAGGAGCUGAUAGACAGGUCUCUCUACAUCGAGUGCCAGCUGGCUGAAGAGAAGGAUUCCCCGGGCAGCUCAAGCCAGGUUCUGCUGUCAGCCUGUAAGCGGAAUAAUGAGGAAGCAAUGGAGAAUGAACUGAACUCUCAUCAGCAGACUGAGGAGCACCAUCAUGUUCCCAAACGCUGUUACUACCUGAAAGAGCAUGGAGAUCCUCAAGAGGGUCUACACGACCACCUUCGACAGAGCACAGGCCAUCAGAAGGCCCCCACCGACAAGUAACGCUCCCUGGAGUCUUCUCCUGUGAGAUCUGACUCAGCUGCUAACUUGAGGACUGGUUCCUGGACCCAUUCCAUUCAAUUACAUUAUACACCUUGUGGCCUUCCCUCUCCAAGCACAUUUCACCCCAUCUCCCACUUGGCUGACUUGACCUUGCCUUUAACCCCACAUGCCUGUGACCUGCCCUGACAAUCAGAGAGUGGACUUCAAGAGUGUUUGGUGUACAAGGUUCUGAACUCCCACCACCAUCAAGGCCAGUCCUAGUUCUUGGUCCAGGGAGAAGUCUAGGCAGGAGAAACCAUUUCCUACCUCAAAAACACCUAGAGUGUCUUGCCACAUGUCAUCAGGCAAACUUGAGGAAGCCCUGGUCCCAUUUCACCUGGCAGGGGAGCCUAUAAGGAGAGUGAUACCCACUCCUAUACCACCCUUUUCAUCCAGUAGACUUGCCCCUAUAUGCCCCAACUUGUAGCACCUGAAAUGGGUCUCCAGGGCCCUUGCCCUGUUUGUAGUCUCCAUCUUGAACCAUUUGUUUUGACUCAUAAUGAUAAUCAUAGUAAUAGCUAACAUUUAUUAUGUACUAUGUGACAGUUACUGGGCUAAACUCUUGACAAGCACCAUCUCACUACAUUCUUUCUGUAAUCCAACUUGUUCUCGUGUUGUCAACUUCUGACCUCUUGAUCUGCUGUCUGUGGUCCUUGUCUUGUCCCUCAGUGUCAAAUCUCUAGCUCUGACCUCUGGGUGACCCCUCAGUUGUGAAUUGCCCUCACUUCCCUUGGCUAUUGUGCUUUGUGGCCAGCACUCUUGAUAAAAGUCUUAGUCUUUAAACAGGCAUACAUAGUUAGAACAUACUAUGAGCAGUGUUUGCCUUCAGGUGAUGGGAUUAUGGGUGUUUUUGUGUUCUUCUUUCUACUUCUCUGUACUUUUCCAGAUUCUCUACAGUAAGCAUGUAUUACAUUUGUAAUCAUAAAAGUAAAUAAAGUCCAUUUACGAAAAGAAGA